UCCGAUGAUUACUAUUACUAAUGUUGCACGGAUCAGUCUGUACCAUAGACGUGGGGAGACACGGACUACAGACUAUAUGUCGAAGUCAUUCUUCAGUUUCGUUUCAGUCGUAUCGUGACAUCCGCAUUUAUCAGUUCUCGUGUGGAACCAAGCCAGAGCGUUUUCACGACCGGCGUUUGUCAGUCAACGCGACCAACCAGUUGACGCUGGCGCCAUUUCUGAGUCGUAAACUGUUAAUUAUCGAGUUGAAGGAAGACGAGAAAACGUGCGGAAAAUAAUAAUGACAGAAUUCUACCAGGCUGUUAUCAUCGCGCUGAGCAUCCUGCUCGUCGGCUUUCUCCUUACCGGAAGUCGUCGGCGAGUUAUGUACAUGCUCUAUAAGACAUUGCCUAGAGAUCUUUUAGGUGCUUACCGAUUUCUUCAAGUCAAUAUUCUUCUUUGGUGGUGGGAAAAGCGUGAAUACACCGUCGCAAAAGUUUUCUCAAAAUAUGCAGCAGCUCAUCCGAAAAGAAUUGCUUACAUAUUCGAGAAUAAAAAAUGGACAUAUGAAGAGCUGGAGCACUUCAGUAAUCGUAUCGGACGUUACUUUCGCACCAGACCGUUUUCUCAAUUCGACAGUAUAGCUAUAGUUAUGGAAAAUUGUCCUGAAUACAUCGGUAUCUGGUUGGGUCUUAGUAAGGCCGGUUUCGUAGCGGCUCUCAUCAAUACCAACCUCCGUCAUGACAUGCUCCUACAUAGCAUUAAUGCUGCCGGUUGUAAAGCUAUCAUCUUUGGGUCUGAAUUCAAGGAUGCGAUUCGUGACAUUAAGAGUAAAAUACCCGACAUCGGACUUUACCAAUGGUCGGAAUUGGCAAACACACCGGUUCUAGAAGAGGCGAUAGAUCUCAACAUGGGAAUGAGUAGCAUUAAUCCCGAACCCCUCGUUGUCCAACUUGACUAUAGCACUCCCCGGGACAAAUUGAUUUACAUUUAUACAUCUGGCACGACGGGAAUGCCGAAGGCUGCCGUUAUCAAUAAUUUAAGAUAUAUGUUAAUAGUCUGUGGCGUGUACUCAAUGCUUCGUAUACGCUCCAAUGAUCGAAUUUACAACUCUCUACCUCUUUAUCACACCGCAGGUGGAAUAAUUGGAGCAGGUCAAGCACUUUUACGAGGCGUGCCCGUUGUGAUACGCAGGCGAUUCAGUGCUUCGAAGUUUUGGUCAGAUUGCAUCCAUUACGAAUGCACUGUGGCGCAAUAUAUCGGAGAAGUCUGUCGUUUUCUUCUUACGGUUCCACCAAAUGAAAACGACAGAAAACAUAAAGUACGCUUGAUGUUCGGGAACGGCCUGAGACCGCAAAUUUGGGAAUCUUUUGUAAAAAGAUUUGGCAUAAAACAAAUAGGCGAGUUUUAUGGAGCCACCGAAGGAAACUCAAACAUAGUCAACAUUAACAAUAAAACUGGUGCUGUUGGUUUUAUACCAAGAUAUGCUAAUUAUUUGUAUCCUGUUGCUUUGUUGAAAAUUGAUGAAGAAACAGGGGAAUUAUUGAGAGGAACAGAUGGACUCUGUAUACCUUGUGAACCUGGUGAGCCUGGUAUUUUCGUGGGCAAGAUUAAUCCAAAAAAAGCGAUCAACGAUUUCUCUGGCUAUGUGGAUAAAAAGGCAUCAGAGCAGAAGAUUAUACACGAUGUUUUUAAAAAGGGCGAUCGCGUUUUUAAUUCUGGUGAUAUUUUAGUCAUGGAUGAACUCGGAUAUUUUUACUUUAAAGAUAGGAUCGGUGAUACAUUUAGGUGGCGAGGUGAAAAUGUUGCCACUUCAGAAGUGGAAUCUGUCAUUAGUAAUGUGAUAGGUCUCAAGGACGCAACUGUAUAUGGUGUCGAGGUACCUGGAAACGAGGGUAAAGCGGGAAUGGUUGCUAUAUAUGACGUAAAUAAUUCUUUAAAUGUCGAAGAGUUGGGACAAGAAUUGAAGAAAGUUUUGCCGUCCUAUGCCAGACCUCGUUUCGUUCGAAUUUUGUCAGAACUGCCAAUGACCGGAACAUUCAAAUUGAAAAAGAAGGAUCUUCAACGGGAAGCCUUUGAUAUUACAAAAGUAAAAGAUCCGAUCUAUUUUCUUAACAAUGAUACCUAUGUCAAGCUGACUGAUAAAUAUUACAAUGAUAUCAUUGAAGAAAAAAUACGGUUAUAAUUGACACGUUUUCCAGCAAAGAUGCAUAUUUUCUUUUUAAGACAAAGCAGAAUUUGAAUUUCAAGAUGUAAAGUUAUAAAAAUUUAUAAACUUUUUCCCGGUGUGUUAGUCAUAUAAUAUUUGAUAAUCAUCAUUUUGUGGACCAAUUAAUUGUCAUGUAUGUCUUCUUUUGCAAAUACGCGUAUACAAAAAUUAUUUUGAAAAUGAUAUAUAAAUUUUUGAUUAUAAUAAUCAAAAUUAAUACUCUAUAAUUUAUGAAUUAUUUACAAAAUCAUACUUAUUUGAACGCACAAUAAAAUAUGUAUAGCUGAGAAAAAAUAGGUAAACGCACAUAAUAAAAAUUUAUUAAGUUGUUAAAAAAAUAAAAGAGUAUCCUUAAAAAUUGAACAUGCCUUGUAAAAUUAUGAAGAAAGUAUUUUUGAAUUUUAUAUAUACUUUAUUAUCUCUUAUUUAAACUCAGCAAACAGAUUUAAUCGUGAUUUAUCUUACACUUGUAAAUUUUUGAUAUCAAAUUUGGUAUACCAAAUUUCAAAAUUUUAAUAAUUUUUGUAAAUUAUUAAAACUUAAUAUAGAAGGCAUAAGAAAUUUUAAUGAAUAUCAUAAAGAAAGAAUAAAAAUUAUGAAAAAAAAAAUGUUAAAUAAGGAAUCGACUUAUUUGUAUAUCUUUUUAAGUUCCCAAACUUUAAUUAUUUGUUAAGAUUUAUAUACAUUGUUGUUAAUAAGCUUAACGAAAAAGACCUGUACAAACACAGUAAAAAAUCUGUACAAACACAGUAUAUAUAUAUAUAUAUAUAUAUAUAUAUAUAU